AUGGAACCUACCAAAGGGAGCGAAGAGAGGAAGAGAGAGGGAGGAGAAGGAGAGGAGAAAGAAGAAAAAGUCUUGCAUCGUUCUCUUUCAUCUUCAAGACUGAAUAUCAGCAAAAUAUUACUAAAAAGUAGCUCAAAGAAAACACUUAGGAGCUCUAGAAGGCAUGAACCCCUCAAAGCUUCUUGCCAAUGUAAAGACCAGCUUUCUUGAAAGUGAAGCUCUAGUAAAGAAUGUGCCACAAGUUACAGAAAUAAGAUAAAAGAAAAAUACACAUACUCAUUUCGUCUCUUAGGAAAAGGCAGGUGCAAAAAGUCACCUAAUAAAUUUAAAAGAGAGAAAUUACAGCUUCAUAACUCUCCUCGUCUCACUCCUAGUGACCACUCUUCAGGACCAGAUAAAGAAGAGGAGAUAAAGAAGUUAGAAUCCUUAAAUGAGAGUCAACUAAGUUCAAUUCAUCAUCCAGAAAGUCCAGUUCAUUAUCAGUCUUCUUUGGAUGUACCAAGAGUUAGGACUACAGAAACCCAUCAGGAAGAAUUUAACAUGUCAGCUCAGAACCCUAUGUCUGAAUAUGAUCCCAAUGAUCAGACUUUCAGCAUCUAUCUUGCUACGCAAGAAGAGGCUGAUGCCUUCAAUGAGGUCAAAAGGAGGCCAUCUGAGGAACAAAAAUCUUUGAAUUUUAUAAGUCAAAGUCUACCAAUAGAAGAGACUAAGCAAAAUGAAACUGGACAGUCACCUGAACUUUCCAUUUCUCAGAAAAGACUUACUGGAGACCAGGAAAAUCUCCAGAGUCCCUGAGACUCUGGAGAUUAUUCCAGGUUGGACUCCAAUGACUUGGCUGAUGAGAUUGAAACAAAGUUACAGGCGAGCAAGGUUAAAACUUUGGGGCUAUAAAAUUACCAGAAAGGAAAAAUAUA